AACGGCGGAGCGGCUGCUCGGAGCAAGGCGGCGGAGGAGAAAGAUAAACGCAGCGAACAAAAACACACAAUGGCGACGCUGACGACCUCGGUUAGCGGGCCGUCCGUCGGCCCCGUCGGUAGCAGCGGGACCGCGGUGGGCCGCAAGAAAGACGGUGGCCCGUCCGCCAAAUUCUGGGAGAGUUCCGAGACCAUAUCCCAACUGGAGACGGUUCGUCUGUGGAUCAGCAAGCACUACAAGAAGUAUGUCCAGAAUGACUCGCCCUCCAGCAAAUCUCUGGCCGGGCUCGUGGUGCAGCUGCUUCAGUUCCAGGAGGACUCCUUUGGACGCAAAGUCAACAAUCCUGCUCUCACCAAGCUGCCAGCCAAGUGCUUCCUGGACAUGAAGGCGGGGGGUGCUCUCUGCCACAUUCUGGGCUCCGUCUACAAGUUCAAGAGUGAGCAAGGCUGGCGGCGCUUUGACCUGCAGAAUCCUUCCCGCAUGGACAGGAAUGUGGAGAUGUUCUUGAACGUGGAGAAGAACUUGGUGCAGAACAACUGCCUGACCCGGCCCACCGUCUUCUUGUCCCCUGACAUGGAAGCCAAGCAAGCCAGUAAACUCAAAGAUGCCAUUAAGAGGCACCAGGGUUCCAUUACUGAGGACAAGUCCAAAGCCACACACAUCAUCUUUUCAUCGCCAUUGCAGCAAGACGAAGAAGAGUGGCUGCGUCCCGUCAUGAGGAAAGACAAGCAGGUUCUGGUCCACUGGGGUCUCUUCCCAGACAGCUACGACACCUGGAUGGCAGCCAGCGAGGUGGACCACGACGUGGAGGAGCCGCCCAGUGCCGACCGACCUUGGAAGGUCCACGCCAGAUGGGUCCUGGACACGGACGCUUUCAACGAGUGGAUGAAUGAGGAAGACUACGAGGUAGAUGACAACAAGAAGCCCGUCACUUAUCGUCAAAAGAUCUUUCCCAAGGAGGAGGAGUCGUCUUCCCGUACGCCCGAUCGCAAGGAGCGCAAGGCCAACUCGGCCGGCAAGAAGAGGAGGCGCUCGCCCUCGCCGCCCAGCACGCCCGCCGAGUCCCGGAAGAAAGGCGGAAAGAAAGGGAACCAGGGGCAUUAUUGGAAGCGCCGGGGACACCGCGGUGAAGAGGAGGACACGGAGGACGACGUCACCAAGGACCUGGACGACUCGUCCGCAGGGGCUAGCAUUGAGGAGGGAAGCACUUCUAAGAAUGCUCAUUCGAAGAAGGACUCUGACAACACGGGCCACAAAGGGGACAACGGAGCCGAUGUCGAUGACAUGGAGGAUGACUCGGUGCUUUCCGGCGGGAAGGACGACGACGACGGGAGCAAAGCCGACAUGAGCCGCAUGAUGGACGCCGGAGAGGACAACGUGACGGAGCAGACGCACCACAUCAUCAUCCCAAGCUACAGCGCCUGGUUUGACUACAACUGCAUUCAUGAGAUCGAGAGGAGAGCCCUGCCAGAGUUCUUCAACGGGAAGAACAAGUCAAAAACUCCAGAAAUAUACCUAGCCUACCGCAACUUCAUGAUCGACACGUACCGUCUCAACCCCCAAGAGUACCUCACCUCCACUUCCUGCCGCAGGAACCUGACCGGGGACGUGUGCGCCAUCAUGCGGGUUCACGCUUUCCUGGAGCAGUGGGGCUUGGUCAAUUACCAGGUGGACUCCGACAGCAGACCUUUGCCCAUGGGACCCCCGCCCACCCCUCACUUCACCGUGCUGGCCGACACGCCUUCCGGCCUCAUGCCCCUCAACCACAGACCUUCGCCGAUUCCGCCGCCGCAGCAGCAGAUGGCCAACUUCGCUGACAAGAUGAAAGACAAAGCCAUCGACCUCCAGAACUUUGGCCUCCGCAUCGACCAGUACAAGAAGAACUCAAAGGGUAAAUCGGUGGUGUCCUCUCGAGAGUGGACCGAGCAGGAGACGUUGCUCCUGUUGGAGGCUUUGGAGAUGUACAAAGAUGACUGGAACAAAGUGUCGGAGCACGUGGGCUCGCGCACUCAAGACGAGUGCAUCCUCCACUUCUUACGCCUGCCCAUCGAGGACCCCUACCUGGAGAGCUCCGAGUCGGCGCUGGGCCCGCUGGCCUACCAGCCCAUCCCCUUCAGCCAGUCGGGGAACCCCGUCAUGAGCACCGUCGCCUUCCUGGCCUCCGUGGUGGACCCCAGGGUGGCGUCCGCCGCCGCCAGGGCCGCACUCGAGGAGUUCUCGCGCGUGCGCGAGGAGGUUCCCGCCGAGCUGGUGGAGGCUCACGUGAAGAAGGUGCAAGAGGCGGCCAGGAACACGGGCAAGGUGGACCCUGCCUUUGGACUGGAGAGCAGCGGCAUUGCUGGCACCGCCCCUGAGGAGCCAGAGAAGACAGAGGCCACAGAUGGCGACAAGACCGAGACGGACACAGACUCCCAGCAGGGGGACAAGGCCGAAGCCAAGGACGAGGCGGAGAAGCCCAGCGAGUCGGCGGAGAAAAGCGACAAGACGGAGGCUCCCGAGAAAGUCAAGAAGGAGUCCGGGGAGGUGUCGGAGCGAGAAGACGAGGGCGAAGAUGUACACGAGGCCAAAGCCGCCGCGCCUGCCGACAAAGAUGAAGACGAGUCCAUGGAGACGUCCUCCUCGGAGCAAGAGAAGGAGAAGGAGGAGAAAGCCAGCACGGAAGAAGGAGAGGAGAAAAGGAAAAAGCUGGAGCACGACAUGGGCGAAGGGAACAUCGCCACGGCGGCGGCCGCCGCCCUGGCGUCUGCCGCCACCAAGGCCAAGCACCUGGCAGCCGUGGAGGAGAGGAAGAUCAAGUCGCUGGUGGCUCUGCUGGUGGAGACUCAAAUGAAGAAGUUGGAGAUCAAGCUGAGGCACUUUGAGGAGCUGGAAACCAUCAUGGAUCGUGAAAAGGAGGCUUUGGAGCUUCAACGUCAGCAGCUGUUGACCGAGCGCCAAGCGUUCCACAUGGAGCAGCUCAAGUACGCCGAGAUGAAAGCUCGCCAGCAGAUGGAGCAGCAGGCGGCAGCGGUCGCCGCCGCCCAGGCUCAGGGCCAAGGCCACGCCCCGGGACCCCACCCCGGACCGCCGGGCAUGCACCCCGGCGGGCCGCCUCCCCACCACGGCGCCCCGCCGCCUCACCAUGUCGGACCCCCGCCAGGCGCCGCAAUGCACCCCGGUUACCCCCCCAUGGGUCACCAUCCCAUGGCGCCCCACCACCCAGGUCAGACAGCUCCCAUGGGCCCGGGACAGCCCCUGCCUGGACGCAUGAUGGCCGGACCCCCUGCCGCUGGACCCCCACCUGGCGGGAUGCCUCCCAUGAUGCCGCCGCGCCACCCAGGAGCCCCCAAUGGCAUGUACCCAGGACCAGCGCCUGCACAGCCUGAGGCUGUGCCUCCACACCCUGUUGGCCCUCCAGCUCCCUCUGGUGGCCGUGCAGCAGACAACUGAGCCCCUCCCACACGCAUACACACGUACACACACUUGAAGCCUAUUUAUGGGCCUUUGCUAGUCAUCGUUACCACAACUUGUCAAACGUCUUUGAAUACACAGUCACACACUCUCAGGGCUCUGCUCAGUGGCGAGGGCAACACACACACACACACGUCAUAUACACUGUUUCUGUUGGGUCGGGCCUAAUGGAGGCUGCAGACAAACACUGUACAAAGUUACCACUUCCAACCCGGCGAGCGUCUACCUCGCAUUAGUUACACUGAGUGUGUGUGUACGUGUGUGUCAGUCGUACACUGUGUGCGCACGCGCUAAACUAACACUGUCUGCGCGUCAGGGUGUGCAUGACAAAGUACAUGUGAAAUGAACCGAACGCGCGAGUGUCGACUCGUUUGUGCAUGCUUGCCUCCCCGCCGGCCCGCGUGUGCGUCGAGCUGCGUGCGUGUGUCAUACUUAACAUUGAAUGUUUGCGAGCGCCCCGCUCUUCUGCGCCUUUUAACCAAAACAAAGAUGACAGAAUCUAAUAAUCUGCCCUAGGCCCCGCCCCCUUCCUAAACAUACACGCAAAACCGAGGUUCACACUGAAGCUGACACACACACACACACACCCGGCUGCCUUUGUCGGUGCGACCGUGAUGUCUCGCUCGAGCGCCUAAGCCCCGCCUCCUCUUCUGCCUCGGCUUCCGAACGCUGCCUACCUCGCUAGCCCCGCCCCUUCACCCACGCUUUGAUUGAUCAAUCGUGUUAGACAAGGCUUGUAAACCUUCAUGUUCCUACCGUGUGUGUGUGUCUGUGUGAGCAGGUGGAUCGUAAAUUAACACGGCAAUAUGAAUUGAUAUUUCCUCUUUUGAAAUGACAUAAGUGCGGUCCACACACACAGCGAGUGAACAGCUAGCACUGUUAGCGUCUCUGCUACCUCCUCUUCCUCCUUUUCCUCCUUCUGGCUGGCUACCUCUUCUAGACCUUUCCUCUGGCUUCUCUUGUAGAACCUUUAGCCUCCUGCUACCUCUAUUUCCUGGUUCCUCUUGUUGUUUUGUUUUUAAGGCGUCCCCGUGAUAUCACAGCAUGCCGUCGCAGGCAGUCUCGCGAUCGAUCCUCUUUGUUUCACCACUGUCGCGUGUAUUAUCUUUAAUGGCUAUUAAUGGUAUUUUUAAAGGAUUUUUGUGUAGAUGAACUUGUGUUCUUUGUAGCAUUUCCUUUGAUUUUUGUAUCCGGUCCGUUCGCUACAGUGGACCUACACACGCUGGCCAAUAAAAUGUUUUUCUACAAAA